AUGGCGGAUAAUGAGGACAGGACUGAAACUGCUCCCAAAGGAAAUGAAUGGGAAGUCGUAUCACUCACAGAAUCGGCAUAUGCUGCUGCCCCUGGUCCCAAACAGGUUGAUUCGAGUGAAGAUAGCCAGGGUAAUUCAGUUGGAGAAAGUGAAGCUGAGACUUCUCGUGCUAUGUUUAUGUCAGGCCAUUUUCUUUUUACUCAAAGUCAGCACGAGAAUUUGCCGUUGGAACCUGUGCACGACGAGAUACGAAAUGAAAAAGGAGAUGAAGGUGAUCUUCCUUAUUUGAUUGCUGAAGAAAAGGGUAAAUUGGAUGUCAAAGAUGAAGAAAAAAUGAGCAUCGAAGAACUGACUUCUGAUGAAUUUCCUGGAGUUCAAGAUUUUGAUGAGAAGGACAACAGGCUAUCAGUUGGUGGUGCAGAUUUACAAAAAGAUAUGGACAGAGAGCAGUUCAUUUCUGGUUCUGCAGAAUUUAGUGCAUUCCAUAACAUAUCAAACAUGGGCAGGUCCUAUACUGUUGAGGAGGAUGCAAUGACUGAUGAUAUGGCUGAACCUUUUGAACAUGCUUUGAAUUCAAGCUCGUCAAGUUUCCAGAAGCCUGUUGAGGAAAACAAGUAUGAUGGGGCUGACCUUCCUUGCGAAGCUUGGUGGAAAAGGCAGGCUCUUUCAUUGUAUGUGCAUGCAAAAGAGGCCAACACAUUUUGGUCCAUUAUCAUUGCUACAGCCGUCGCAGGGCUUGUAAUUAUUGGACACAAGUGGCAGCAAGAAAGGUGGCAAGUUUUGCAGCUUAGGCGGCAGUUCAGUAUCAAUGAUGAGAAGAUGGGCAGGAUACUUGGUCCCAUAUCCCGAUUUUUAAAGAUGUGA